UAAAAUCGAAAAUUCGCUUCCAUCUCUCCCGAGCGUUUAAAAAGUUAGGCUUUAUAGAGUUUAGAGAGAAACGAAAGCAGACGAAAGUUUUUGGAAAAACAGAGCCUGAAGCGAUCUAGCGAAAUUCAACGAGAGAGAGAGAGAGAGAGAUGGGAGAGGUGGUGUUGUUCAUCGACGAGACGAAAUCGGAUUCGAGGAUUUCGCGUUGCAGAAUCUGCCACGAAGAAGAAGCGGAAAGCUCAUUCGAAGCUCCGUGCGCUUGCUCCGGAACAGUUAAGUUCGUUCACAGAGUUUGCAUACAACGAUGGUGCGACGAGAAAGGAAACACGACUUGUGAAAUCUGUCUUCAGGAGUAUACGCCUGGUUACUCUGUAGCUCCUAAACAAUUCCGGUUCGUCGAGGCCGCUGUCACAAUCAGAGAUAGCUUGCAAAUUCGGAGGAGAGAAAACGAGAGGAGGAGGAGGAGGAGAAGGGAAAUAGCGGAUUCUCCGGAAUGUAAUCCUGCUGCGGCUGAUAGAUGCGUCUCUUGUUGUCGAUCCUUGGUUCUCACUCUAUCGGCGGUGUUGCUUAUAAAGCAGGCGUUCCACGUGAUAUAUGGAAUCGGAGAGUACCCUUUCUCAGUUCUCACGGUACUAGUACUGAAGGCCCUUGGCAUUCUACUGCCGAUCCUCAUCAUUGUUAGGACAAUUGCAGCUCUUCAGAAAGUUCUUCGUCUUCAAUAUCCAGAAUCUGAAGAUGACAGUUUCACUUCUGACGAAGAAGAAGAUGAGCAACAUCGACAUUUGGCUCAACGCCUCUGAACACCAAACCACUCCUUAAAACGAAAAUAAAAUGCAAAUACAUAUAUUUUUUUUCCUUUUUACAAGGGGCGUGGUGUUUUUGGCCCAUCGUGUGUAGCUCCCGUCAAUGGGUCCUUCUGAACUUCGAGAGAUUGGGGGCGUUGGGGGAUCGGAUCCUUUCUAAUUGCCAUCACUCUACUCUUGUCA